GAUGGCAGGAUACAUGCCAAAAAUUUACACGUGUUUACUCUGUUUGUAGCUAUCACAUUAUCAAUUUUUAUGAGCACUCAAGUUUCAAGUAAAAUGCUCUACUCACAGCAGUACACACUACUAUAUUUUGCACUAAUUACUUUUCAAAGUUAAAUAGCCAAUAUACUUGUUGCAAAAACUUUCUAUUUAUAAAUUUAAUUUUCUCAAAUGCAAACUUUUUCAUUUGUAUGAAACACAAUAUAAACCAAAUUACCUCAAUUUGUAAGUUUACAACUGCACAAAAACAAACUAGCAGCAGCGUAAAAUUGAUUACAUUAAAGUUUGUUAUUGUUUUCCUAAUUCUUCACGUGUAGUAGUUCUAUUAAUAAUAUUCAUUAAAAAUAUGGGAAAGAGGAAGCAUAAGAGAGGUAAAGCUGCUAAGAACGCACGAAAAGGAAUAUCAAAUGAUGAGCCUGAAGAACUCGUUAAAGCACCUCAUUCAUUUGUUAUAAACAGAGGAAGGCUUGGAAAGAAUGGUCAUGAACUAUUGCUAAAUUUUCGAAAAAUAAUGGAACCAUAUACCGCUUCUCAUUUAAAGGUACAAAAAGCAAAUGUGUUGAAAGAUUUCGUUCAUAUAGCAGGUCCUUUAAAUGUUACACAUUUAGUAGUUUUCACUAAGACUGAAAAUGCUAUCUAUUUGAGAACAGCAAAACUUCCACAUGGUCCUACAUUGACCUACCAAGUAAAAGAGUACUCUUUAAUUAAAGAUAUUAUAUCUUCCCAAAAGAAAUCUGUAAUAUAUGAAAAAUUGUUUGAUCAUCAUCCUCUUCUUGUUUUAAAUAACUUCUCUGGUGAUGGUAUGCAUUUGAAGCUGAUGGCUACAACAUUUCAACACAUGUUCCCAUCUAUAAAUGUUAAUAAGACAAACUUAAAUACAAUUCGAAGAUGUUUACUCAUAAACUAUAACGAAGACCAAACUUUGGAUUUGAGACAAUAUGCCAUAAAAGUUGUUCCUACAGGAAUGAGUAAGGCUGUUAAAAAACUUAUCCAAUCAAAAGUUCCAAAUUUAAGCCAGUAUAAAGAUAUUUCUGACUACAUUGAAAAAUCUGGUAAUCUCUCUGAAAGUGAAGUUGAAUUUGAUGGUGCAGCAAAUACAGUUACUUUACCUCAGCCAAUAUCAUCACGAGGGAACAUAGCUGCUGAGAAAAGUGCUAUACGGCUUUAUGAAAUUGGUCCAAGAAUGACAUUGCAACUAAUGAAGAUUGAAGAAGGUCUUAUGAGCGGGGAAGUUCUUUUCCAUCAGUUUGUGUCUAAAACCCCAGAAGAAAUUAAAGCCUUAAAAGAAAGAUGUAAAGAAAAAAAACUUUUAAAAGAGAAACGUCGUGCAGAGCAACAAAGAAAUGUUGAGAAAAAGAAAUUGCUUGACAAUAAGGAAGAGAAGAGUAAUGAUGCUCAAGUUGUUAGUGAUGAGGAGAGAGAAGAAGAUUUGAAAUGGUAUCGAGAAGCUGUUGGACAAGAACCCGAUGAUAACAUUCUACCUCUGUCCAAAAAACGAAAAUUUUCUUCCGAUUCCUCAAGAGGCAAACUGCCUAAGAAAGUAAAAUUUUCAAGUGAGAUCGAUAAAAAACAGCAGAAUGGAUCAUCAAAGUCUGACAAAGAUUAUCAGGCAUUUUUGAAGAAAAAGAAGAAGAGGAAAGAAGCAAAAUUAAAAAACAAAGGGAAAAAGGGACGUAAAGCUAAAUUAGCAACAAAGAAGACUCAGGACAAACCUGAUCAGGAGAAAAAUUCGUUAAAACCCAAAUCUUUUGUAAAGAAACGUAAAAAAGUGUAAAUGUUGUACAUAUUUCUAGUAAAUUUUUUUAUAUGUA